UGUUCUCGUUAGCUUCGCGCUAGUGAGAGAGAGGGCGGUGUAAGUGCAGAUUUCAGACCGGUUUCUCGCCGAUACCGAGGAGGACGCCGGGGUAGUGAACCCCUCAUAUCAGUUUGUUAAAGAAGAACACGGGAUUGUCACGUUAACCCACCGGGACGACGAAUACAGCCACUGACUCGGUACGUGAAAAGGAACUUUUAAGGGCGCCAGUGGGAACGGUUUGUUCAACUUUGAGCUGUCAGUUGCGGUGAGGCAGGUCGGAGGGAGAAGACCUCCCAGUCGAAGGGGACCCCAAAGCGGCCCGGGUGCACAUCAGCUACCGAAGCCGGGGAGCAGGGAGCGGGGAGCGGGCAGUCGCGGAGCCGGGGAGCGACGUGUCGGCCAAGCGGAACUAAACUGAAAGUUUUAAUUUCACGCCGAGGGAAAAAAAAAUCGAUCACUGGGAGCCGGAUCAUCCGGACAGAGACCUCAUGAAUGGAAAUCGGAACAACAGGAGCCGCUGGAGCCCAAGCCUUGUUUUCGUUGCCACGGCGACCUGGCUAUGGCACCAUUGGGAAGCCCAUCAAGCUUCUGGCCAACUGCUUCCAGGUGGAAAUCCCUAAAAUCGACGUGUACCUGUAUGAAGUGGACAUCAAACCUGAUAAAUGUCCCCGCAGAGUCAACAGGGAGGUGGUGGACUCCAUGGUUCAGCAUUUCAAGGUGACCAUCUUCGGUGACCGUCUGCCAGUUUAUGAUGGGAAGAAAAGCCUCUACACAGCGAACCCACUCCCUGUUGCCACCGGAGGGGUCGACCUGGAUGUCACACUGCCAGGCGAAGGUGGGAAGGACCGCCCGUUUAAAGUCACCAUCAGAUUUGUGUCGUUGGUCAGCUGGCACAUGCUGCACGAAGUCUUGACGGGGCGUGGUGUGCCCGAACCGCUGGACCUGGAGAAACCCCUCAGCACUAAUCCUGUUCACGCCGUGGACGUCGUCCUUCGACACCUGCCCUCUAUGAAGUACACGCCUGUUGGAAGAUCUUUCUUCUCCUCCCCAGACGGCUACGACCACCCGUUAGGUGGAGGAAGAGAGGUGUGGUUUGGUUUCCAUCAGUCGGUGCGGCCAGCCAUGUGGAAAAUGAUGCUCAACAUUGAUGUGUCAGCCACAGCCUUUUAUAAAGCUCAGCCAGUCAUUCAGUUCAUGUGUGAGGUCCUGGACAUUCACAACAUUGACGAGCAGCCCCGCCCGCUCACCGACUCCCACAGGGUCAAGUUCACCAAAGAGAUCAAAGCCUCCACCGUCUUCGCAGGUCUUAAAGUGGAAGUGACACACUGUGGAACCAUGCGUAGGAAGUACAGAGUCUGCAAUGUAACACGACGGCCCGCCAGCCUCCAGACAUUUCCAUUGCAGCUUGAGAAUGGUCAGACAGUUGAACGCACAGUGGCGCAGUACUUCAGAGAGAAGUACAAUCUGCAGCUGAAGUAUCCCCACCUGCCUUGUCUGCAGGUGGGCCAGGAACAGAAACACACCUACCUGCCCCUGGAGGUGUGCAACAUUGUAGCUGGACAGCGCUGCAUUAAAAAACUAACAGACAACCAGACGUCGACCAUGAUCAAAGCAACAGCCCGCUCUGCACCAGACAGACAGGAGGAGAUCAGCAGGCUGGUGCGGAGUGCGAAUUACGAGGCUGACCCGUUCGUCCAGGAGUUUCAGUUCCGUGUUCGAGACGAGAUGGCUCAGGUGACGGGCCGCGUCCUGCCGGCCCCCAUGCUGCAGUAUGGCGGCAGGGUGAGCUCUGAACCAUUUAUGCCCCAGCAGAUCAACCCUGCACUGUCGUUGCAGAACCGCACGGUGGCCACACCCAGCCACGGGGUGUGGGACAUGAGGGGGAAGCAGUUUCACACGGGAGUGGAGAUCAAGAUGUGGGCCAUCGCCUGCUUUGCCACCCAGAGGCAGUGCAGAGAAGAGAUCCUCAAGAGCUUCACUGACCAGCUGCGGAAGAUCUCAAAGGAUGCUGGGAUGCCGAUCCAAGGCCAGCCGUGCUUCUGUAAAUACGCCCAGGGAGCCGACAGCGUGGAGCCCAUGUUCAGACACCUGAAGAACACCUACGCUGGGUUGCAGCUCAUCAUUGUAAUCCUGCCUGGGAAAACACCUGUCUAUGCUGAAGUGAAGCGGGUUGGGGACACCCUCCUCGGCAUGGCCACCCAGUGUGUCCAGGUGAAGAACGUAGUGAAGACGUCCCCUCAGACGCUCUCCAACCUCUGCCUCAAGAUCAACGUCAAACUGGGAGGAAUCAACAACAUCCUGGUUCCACACCAACGGCCCUCUGUGUUCCAGCAGCCUGUUAUCUUCCUUGGAGCUGAUGUCACUCAUCCUCCAGCAGGAGACGGGAAAAAACCAUCUAUUGCAGCGGUGGUGGGCAGUAUGGAUGCCCACCCCAGCAGGUACUGCGCUACGGUUCGGGUCCAGAGGCCCAGACAGGAGAUCAUCCAGGACUUGGCCUCUAUGGUGCGAGAGCUCUUGAUCCAGUUCUACAAAUCUACCCGCUACAAGCCAACCAGGAUCAUCUUCUACAGGGACGGAGUGUCAGAGGGACAGUUCAGACAGGUGCUAUACUAUGAGCUGCUGGCUAUCAGGGAGGCUUGUAUCAGUCUAGAGAAAGAAUACCAGCCGGGGAUUACCUACAUCGUCGUGCAGAAACGCCAUCACACACGCCUCUUUUGUGCGGAUCGCAACGAGCGGGUUGGACGAAGUGGAAACAUUCCUGCUGGCACCACAGUGGACACAGACAUCACCCACCCCUAUGAGUUUGACUUUUACCUCUGCAGUCACGCUGGCAUCCAGGGUACGAGUCGGCCUUCCCACUACCAUGUUCUGUGGGACGACAACUGCUUCACCGCCGAUGAGUUCCAGCUCCUCACCUACCAGCUGUGCCACACCUACGUCCGCUGCACACGGUCCGUCUCCAUCCCGGCACCGGCCUACUACGCCCACCUGGUGGCCUUCCGCGCCCGCUACCACCUGGUCGACAAAGAGCAUGACAGUGCGGAGGGCAGCCACGUCUCAGGGCAGAGUAACGGCAGGGACCCCCAGGCAUUGGCCAAGGCUGUUCAGAUCCACCAUGACACACUGAGGACCAUGUACUUCGCCUGAAUCCCCCACCCCCCCACCCUCCUUCCCAGCCUCUCAGCCAGUCUUAAGGUCUGACUCCAUGCUGGUGCAGCUUUGGUCACUGGAACGCGACGGUGGCGACGACGGCAGCUACUGCAGGCCGUGUAAGGAUGAUAGAAGCCAGAGAGGAGUUACAGCCACAUUAUGCAAUUUGAGACCAGCCAAUUGUCUCUGAGCUCCUGCCCAUGCAUCCUUUUUUCCUCUGCUGUAUUUAAAUCGCAAUGAAUUCUCUCUCUCUCUUUUUUUUUUUUUUUUUUUUUUUUUUUUAAAGCUUGCUUCCAGAUUUGACAGCAGCUCAACCUUUUAUUUUGCUGGGGGUGUUUAAAUAAUAGGCAGAAUUUAAAAACUGAUGAUUCUUUGAUGCAUGGGUGGGAAUGAAACAGAACCAGUGAGGACCUGACUCGCUCCGUAGCCUCAUGCUGAGCCUAAUGUUGCUGGUUUAUAUUGUAGACGGUUUUACAUGUUUGUUUGUGUGUUUUUCAGCUUUUCUAGAUAAUGUUUGUGUUGUUUGUCUCUCGAGCAAAUGUGUGAUUGCCAUGGCAACACGUUAGUUGAGCACACUCGUAAAACAAAGGCUUUGGCGGGCUGCCUUCGUGGUUGCUCUUCUGUCUCCCUUUAAGCCCGUCAGCCAGACAGUAAGAAGCGUAACUCUUACCAACACAGACACUGAAUGAAAUCUUAACUUGUAUUUUUUAGGUCUUUGAGGCAUUGUGUAUCGCUUGUUGCCUUACUGUGAGGCGAGGUGCAUGAAGAGGACUGUUAGAAAACAAUGCCAUGGCCAUGGAAUGGACAAUUUUAAACCUCUCCAGCUCAUAGUUCAGCUUGGUACAGUGUGUUAUACCAAACGUUUCUUGUGUGUUUUAUUCCUCUUGCUAUUUAUGAGUUAUUGUUUUUUUUCUUUUUAACUUUUAAAUUAACAUUCAUUUUCAGCAAUAGAAACGGAGUGGACACUUUGUAUAUCUUCUGACGACCACAAACAUUUUUUUCCAGUUUUUACACUGACCAAUUUAGUUGUCAAGAGCUCCUUUGGUGCAAUAAGGUGUUAAUGCAGAGAGAGUAGGUUUGGUGCUGAAUGUUUUUGAUGAGUAUUCGCGUGCUAAAGUGGUUUGUUACGAGUAAGUUUUGGCAAGUGACAAUGAGCUUGGAUUCAGGAAUGUACAGAAUUUGUCAUUCUCGUGAACAAGUAGGAUCAAGUGUGGAUCAGCCGUGAGGUCUGAUGGUGUGUUUGGAGAGAGUAAACAAAGUGCCUAAUUUGGUUCAAGGAGAUGGAAGGAUUUUAAUCGUAUGUUGUUGGUUUGGGUGCCUCUGUUAACGCGUUUAGUUAGUCUCUGGAUCCCAGCGAAAAAAUACUGCACUGCCCAACACUUGGGCCUGAACAGCACUGAGGACUGUAGCUGAAUCUGAGCACAGGCCAAGUGUGUGUGAUCAUUUUUAAUGUUUUGCUCACUCAUCGGGAACAAAUUAUCUUGUGAUUUCAGUGUGUUUUUAUGGAGAUCAUACAGAGCCAUCGCACAAAAGACAAAGCUUAAAUUACAUCGUAAAAUAUUAUUAUAUCCAUGAAAUAUGAAAAAUGAAUCACUUCUGAUCACAAAAUAUGAUUUUAAGGAAACGCAGAUAUUGUUUCAACAUAAACUAUUUUCUUAUUCCAAAAUCUGAUAAUAAAACAUCAUAUUUAUUCAGAUUUCAUUAGGAGAUCUCGUCUUUGUUAGAUUAUUGGGUUAAUCUUAAUGUUCAGGAUCAUAAAGUAUUUUCUGUGUCAAAGAGAAAACAAAACAUAAAUAAUCACACACAUGGGUGAAUUUCUGAGCAGGCUGACGUGCAUCCAGUCGGGUGGAGGCAGAGACUGUCCACUCAGAUGUGUGUCCUCCUCUCAUGCACUGGUGGGACUCACAGUUUGCACUCUCACAGUCGAAGCCUUCACAGUCUGAUUGUUGCUGUAGCGCUGCAACAGUUCGUCGAUAAAUCAGGUCGUCGACUCAAGGAAAAUGAAUCCAGCAACUGUUUUGAUCUACCACUCAGUAAUUUCAGGCAUUUCUCGAGCUAAAUGCCAAAAUAUUUGAGUGUGUAUUUUCUGAUUGUCAGUGAAAUAUCUUUGUGCUGUUCAGCCGAAACAAGGCAUCACUUCGGGCUCUGGGAAAUUACGAUCGGCAUUUUUACAUCAGUGUUUCUGAAAUUUUACAGACUAAAGGGUUAAUGGAUAAUGAAAACAAUCAUCAGUUGCAGCCCUGCUUGGUUGCAUUUGUCUGUUUAUGUCUCAGCACCGAAGCUGGUUCCAGUGCUUGAAAUUUAACACAGUUCUCAGACAGUAGUUUUUGUAUUUUGAAUGAAAUAAUAUGUCACGAUGCAAUAAGGAGCAUCUUAUUUUUUCUGGUACAUUUAGGUACACUGUAGGCUUACUAAUUUGGAAUUACAACCAAAUAAAUAGCAAUAUAAUGACGUUAAAGUGAAGCUACUUGUGAGAAUCCAACAUUUUGAAGUUUGUUAAAACCCUUUUAGAAACAGUGCUGUUUUUUGACGCUCAGCCCCGGAGGUUGUUGUCUUGUUCAUGGCCUUGAAGUGUAGUUUGAUACAGACGAAGCCUUCAUUUUUCAUCACUUGGACCAAACCAACGUGCCUGGUCAGGGGUGAGGGGUGGAGGACUUGGGUGGGUGGGUGUCGGUCAUGGUGUCAACACUCCCUUCAGCCUUUAACGGCAUCGUGCUAAAAGGAGCUGUACUGCUAACUGUGCUAGCCACGUGUCACCAAAACCAAAACUUUAGCUGCUAUAAGAAAACAUCUAUUUACUAUCUCAUCAGAUACAUAUAGCUUAAUUAUAUUGAUACAGAGAGACUAAGAGGAUAUGGUAUUUUACUGCACUUAGAAAAAGAUGCAUGUGUUUUUGGUUGAGUCAAGAUGCUGAGGUGGCGCUUGAUUAUUCUUUCUCUCCAACUCUGUUUGGAGCUGCCUACAGUUAAAGCAUUUUUAAUUAAUAAGAAUAUCAGAACAGGUUGUUUCCCCUCUGUGUUUGUUGUCAUGUUGAGGCUGUUUCUUAAUGUCAGACAUUACCAGCAUUUGAUUUUACUUGAAGAAUAGUUAUAGUUAGUCGUGGGCAUGUUUAACAUUGUUGGCUAGUGCUCUGCUUGUUUUUUAAAGUUGAAAUAUAUCCAUAGAGAGCCUUAUAACAGAAAUCCCUUUUCCUCUCAUGAUGCCACUUACAGUAAAUCGACCUCUAGAGCCUGUAGACAGGGCUACAGAUGCCUUUUUCCUCAAAAAUAAAAGCAUUUUUAAGUCUGAAUGGAGAUAUAUUUAUAUUAAAGAUACUAAUAAAAUGCACAGACCACUUAUUUUUUCUAACAAAGUCCUAUUUGAAGGGAGAUAAUAUAGCUGUAUGGAAAUAUGGCAUUUAAUAAUCCUAGUGGUCUCUGAUCUUUUUUCUUUUCCAAAUUUGAUAAUGCAAUACUUGUGUGUGAAAAGCAAAAACUGAUGUAUUUGCUGCUUUGUGCAGACUGUCGGUGGGAAGGGGGGUUGUUUAGUUCAUGUAUGUAGAUGAGCCAUCAACCCUCCUCUGCAGAGACGACCUGUGAAUGAAGACCUCCCUCGUACUUUGUUGUUUUUAUCAUCUCAAAAGCUCAUCGAAGAGAUUACAAACUGAUGGGGUUUAAUGUGUGUCUCAAUGCACGUGCUGAAAACUGCAUCAAACUUCUUUUUUUAUUAUUAUUCUUUUGCAUAUUCAUGAAAAGAGGAAGGAGGAGGGUUGAAAGUUCAUCCUUGGACCGAUUUGUCCGUUAACAGACUGUGCCUUUUCUGAUGGUGCUGAAAAAAAAUACAAAAUACAAGUCAAAUCAAAGAAAUCUUAACAUUCAGAAAAAAGGGCGCUGAACCCUGAGUCUACAUUACUAAGUAUAUAUUGAUACAUGACAAUACUGUAAGGCGUGAUUGUGUGCGUGCGUGUAUGUAUUUGUGUGUGAGUGUGUGUGGAUACCUCUGACAUAUGCCAAGAACACAAAAAUAUGCAGAACUGAUCAGUUUGGAGCUGACAGGACCAAAAGGCCUGUGGGGAUCAGUUUUUUUUCUUUUUCUUAUUUUUUAUUUUUUAAGUGGACGGGCACUUUCAAGCACAACCCAACCCAAAAACUUAACAUUUCUGAAUUAAAGAAAAAUAAUAGGGGAACACUCACGACUCUGUAAGUAAGGAGUAGCUCAGUGUAGACAUUAUGUAGCAUUUAUUUAUUUAACUUUAUUUCUAUUUGGGACGUGACCCCUCUCUUACUGUCUGUAAACAUGUUUUCUUUUCCUCCUUUAGCUUAUAAUUUAUGUGUUCAUUCUCAAAAUGGAUGGCAAUAAUGAAGCAAUCGUAACAUUUCUGUGCAAUCAUGUUGUCUGGCCUUCCCUCUGUGUAUGCAUGUCACUAUCAAACCCCUUUAUGAUAUUUAGUUUUGCUUCUUUUUUUUUUUCCUAAUGUGAAUUUUAGACGUUUACAGACUUGGGAUAGUUCUUUGUUUUGAGUUGUUAACUCCACGAGUGCCCGUCUCCCAAUGUUAAGGGAUUCCCCCACGAUAAAUAAAUCUUUAAACACCUCUGUGGUUGACUGCAUAUCAUCACACUCAAAAAGAAAAAAUGAAGUUUGGGUUUCACAGUAUAUUAAUGUGCUUUUGUUGUUGUUGUUUUUUUUUUUUUUGCCUGAUUGUGAGAUUGUGUCACUUUUAGAAGUAAAACUGUACGUCAAGACCUUUUGUCUUAACACUCAUCUGAUCCUGGUCCUAAGUUGAGCCUUUUUAUUUGGUUGUCAUAUUUAAAUUUUUUUUUUUUUUUGAAUAAAUACUCUAUGUAUGAAA